CUUGAAGGCAGAUUCUUACAACAGCGACUCCGAGGGAAUCCAAGCUACCCCCUACUCCCAGUGACAUCCGUUACUGCCGCGCCCUAUCAGCCAACAGUCGUGCCUGAGGAUCGACAACCCUCCUGAUCCAUUGGGCCUCUAGAAUCGCACCAAACCACCUGCGAUGCGUCCGCAAGACACUAUACAAUCGCUCUGAUCGCCAUUUCAACUCUGCGCGCGCUCUGUUUGUCUAAAACUCCCGGUAUAUCGCCAUGCCUUCUAUACUUACCGACGCCGACAAGGAAAUCGUCAGGAGGACUGUUCCCAAGCCUGCGAACAAAAUUCUUGCUGUAGCUGUUGCACGCCUCUACGUUGCAUAUCCGGAUCCUCAAAGAUGGACUUAUACUGGUUUACAAGGUGCUGCCGUGCUGGCAAAUGACCUAGUUGGCCGGACCUUCUGGCUUAAGUUGGUGGAUAUAUCGCCUGCAGGAAGGGGAGUUAUCUGGGACCAGGAGAUCUACGAUAAUUUCGCAUAUAACCAGGACCGCACAUUCUUCCACACCUUUGAACUCGAGGACUGCCCCGCUGGGUUCUCUUUCGCCGACGAAAAAGAGGCUAAGACCUUCAUCAAGAAGGUCCACGAGCGGGAGAAGCAUGCGAGCAAAGAGACUCGGUUGACACCCUUUGCGUCGACUCGUGGCCAGGGCCCAGCCCCAGUCGUCAAUGGCAAACAUGGCGUGGGUCGAUCGUUGUUCGGCAGCUUGCUUGGGCAUCGCUCGUCGUCCGGGUCUCACGCUCAAAUGGUUACGCCUGCGGAACUACCACCUGCACCUUCGAUUCAGAUCGCCCCCCCGCCGCCCGCCGCCAGCCCGCCACGUAAGGAGUUGCCUUUCGAUACUAGCGACCCCGCAUGGAAGGGACUACUAGAUGAACUUCUGCAGAUGGGAAUCACAGAGGACCAGAUAGCGGAGAAUUCUGAUUUUAUCAAGGCCUAUAUUGAGCAGAAACAGGGCGCUGCUGGUUCCGACUCCAGUCCAUCUAUUGCUGAAGAUCAGAGGCGAGGAAAGGCUCCUCCUCCGCCUCCCCCAUCUGCACCACCAGCUCCGAAAGUGGCAGCCCUCAGUCCGCAGAACACUGGAAAUAGUGGUGGCAGCAGGCGCGGCGCUCCUCCGCCCCCUCCUCCGUCGCGCAGAACUCGGACUGAUGUCGAUGACGAACCUGCCACGCCUGCAUCAAAUCGCGAGCCUUCGCCCCCAAGAAACCGCUUCCGUGCCCCUCCACCUAUUGCGGAUGCCGGUAAAUUUGCCCACAUAGCGGCAUCCGUGGCCCCUGGUCGUCAGCGAGCAAUGUCCAGCACAAACCCAGGCCCUCCUCCUCCCCCGCGGCCUCCAAAGACGCCAAUGGAAGAAAAUCACUCUCGCUUUGGUAUUCCACCUCCGUUCGAAGGAGUGCGAAAGGUGUCUGCUCCGCCGGCACCACCCAGCCGCAGCCCCUUACCUUCUGCACCUCCGCCGCCGCCUCCGCGCACUAUGAGUCCUGCGGCGCCGCCCCAACUACCACCCAAAAUCCCCAAUGCUGCAGCCCCAGGUCCCCCACCACCUCCUCCAAGAAGUCCGGCUUCAGUACCCCCGCCUCCUCCACCUGUGCCUUCCAGCUCCCGGCCGAUUCCACCGCCACCCACGAGUGCUGCUGUUCCGCCGCCCCCUCCCCCACCACCACCACCACCAUCGUCAAGCGUGCCUCCUCCCCCGCCGCCCCCGCCUCCGUCCAGCACGGGUCCGCCUCCCCCUCCGCCGCCGCCACCCGCACCAGGCGGUUUUGCUCCCCCUCCUCCCCCUCCUCCCCCUCCUCCAUCUGGAUCUGGCGCUCCUCCACCCCCACCACCCCCUCCUGGAGUUGGCGCUCCUCCACCUCCACCCCCUCCCGGGGCUGGCGGUCCUCCGCCCCCACCCCCGCCAGGUGGUGCCGCCCCACCGCUGCCUGCUCCUGAUGUAGGUAGGAAUGACCUCAUGGCUGCCAUUCGAGCAUCUGGAGGUAAGGGAGGUACUGGCUUGCGGAGGGUCAAAGAUUCGGAAAAGAAAGACCGAAGUGGUGCCUUUGUGCCCGGCUCUAGCGAGUCAGCUGCGGCCACACCAAGUACUGGAAGCGCGCCUCAAGGAGGUUUGGCUGGAGCUUUGCAAGACGCCCUGGCUAAGAGAAAGCAGAAAGUCAGCGGUAGCGGUAAGUACAUGUCUACUUUACUAUGCGCUCCUUGCGGUAUACCCAGUGCUGAUUUCUAUCGACAGAUGACGAAAAGGAGGACGAUGAUGAUUGGUGAUAGCUGCGUCGUAUCUACCUUUCCAAUGAUUUCUUCUGGCGUUGCAAUGCAUUGAGCAUAUUUGUUCGCGCCGGAUACCUUUGCUCAAUAUCGUUUCUUGCUGAUUAUUGCGCUUGUUGCGCGGUUGGCCGGUAAGUGUCUUUGCAAGACUGUCCAUGCGCAAUGCAGCUAUACUUCCUGAUCGGAAGAUUGUGGCUUCUUGAACGCAUUGCACUACUUUAUUCUAUAGACAAAAAUUCGGACUCUGGCAUCUCGUUAUGCCGUAUUAAGACUAGACA